CAUCACAACAUUCUUUGGCGCAUGCUUGGUUACUGUAGUCGUCGGAAUCUUCCUCCCAGGAGAUCACCUGGUUAUCGUCCAUUGGCGUAGUUCCUAUUUCUGGCAUCAUCAAUUCAAACCCGACUUGCGUCAUACCUGUCUUUUCCGAUCAGUCCGGCUUUUGAUCGUGACACACUUCCAAGUCGACGGGUAGACCAACCCAAGUCGUCGGCGCGAGAUCCGUUCAACCGAUCCUAGAUCCGAUUAGAACCAUAAGCUGGAAUAUGACUCCUGGAUUCAGAAGAAACAAUGUCCGACAAGGGAAGGAUUAAAGUUUCUUGUCGUCCCAACCAAAAAAAGACAACAAAGAAACAUCGACUUGGGCAUAAGUUUCCUCUCACUCUGUCAACUGUUGGGCUCGCCAGUUCUUUCUUGGCAUUUCCGAUUCGAAGCUAUGAUAUGAUUGACUGAUUGUGCCGCAUUGAUUUUCAAGCGCUUUUUGGGAUUGAUCAGACUGGACCAGGUUAGUCUCUCCUCCCUCUUUUUCUUUUUGAUGUCAACAUUUCAAUCCAAGUAUUUUUAUUUUCAGUUGAGGAUUCUUUGAUUCAAAGUGCGAGAAAAUUGAGACGAUUGGGGACCUGAAUUAUGAAUCUUUAUAAUUCGUUCGUCUUCUUGCAUUGGAGACUAGAGAGUGAGAGAGCUGCUGGGAAAGCAACAGUUCUGAUCUUAUAGUUUGCUUUGCAGUAUUCAGGACAAUACCUUAUGGAUGAUCUACAUAUAUUUAGUGAGAGACUGAAGAAACUGUACUCACAUUGGGAUUCACAACGAUUGAAUCUUUGGGGUUCAUCAAACGUUCUGACCUUUGCAACUUCUGAACAGAAAGAGCAGAAAACCAAACGAUCAAUAGACGAGAAGGCCCAAAGACGGAAUACCCUACGUCUUAAAGGGUCCGUUAUAUGCAAGUGGUUGUUUGGCAGGGUGAUCUUUAAGAGCAUAUUUGUUUUGAUGAAAGAUCAGAUUUAUUGUCUCAGUAGCAACCACGAGUUUUCUUUUCUCCAGCUUGUCGGACCAAUUGCCAAGCAAGCCGUUGGUGCAGAUUUUCAGCUUUACGUGAAGUCCGAUGAUGAUGGUGAUGGCAGUGGUCUCAUGGAUGUCAUUAUCAGAAACUUGAAUGCAGGUGCUCUUGUGGGACACAUAAAACUCGAGAUUCUCAAGGGAGAUGUAGCCAAAUUGUGGUUCAGAAAGAUAAAACAGGACAGAAGGGUUCAGCUUGUUGAUGCAAGUAGAGGGUUGUCUGAGCUGUUUAGCGUAAAGGACAGGUAUGAGCUUUUUAAAGUCAGGAAAUCUGCUUCAUUUGCCGCCCAUGUAAUGAAGAAUGUUAUGAUUCCAGAGGUUGACAAAAUUAUCAAAGGGAAGCAGAAGAUUUCUCAUUCUUCUAUGAGUGUAAAUACAUUGAACGCCAUACGACAACUCUCAGAUGUAUCUGUUGUGGCUUCUCCUCCAGUUUUUCAGAGUGGGGAGUGUUUUGAUUUAAAGCCUCUUAUACCAUGCAAUAACAAGCAGCUGAAGUAUAGUCCGCAAAGUAUUAUCAUAUCCUCUGUUGGAACCAAAUUUGAGUAUUACAACUCUUUUAUUGCUAGGACAUUUUUGAUUGAUCCCACUGACUCCCAGAGAAAGGCAUAUACAGUUCUUCACGAUGCUCAUAUAGCAGCCAUCUUUAAGCUGAAGCCAGGCAACAAAGUGAGUGAUGCUUAUGAAGCAGCGGUUUCUUGCGUGAAGGAAAAGGUACCUGCAUUAUCUGCUAAGCUGUUGAAACAUGCUGGUUCCGGCAUCGGUCUUGAAAUCCACGAACCUGAGUUGAAUGUUCAUGGAAAAAAUGAAUUAUUGGUUAAAGAAGGUAUGGUGUUUAAUUUGUUCGUAGGAUUUCUGAAUAUCCGGAGUGAUGUGAGAGGAAAAAAAUUCUCUCUAUGGCUGGCAGACACUGUUAUUGUUAACAGUGCUGGUCCUGAAGUAAUUACAGCUGAGUGCUCGAAAAGGAUUGAGGAUAUCAUAUUGCCUUUUGUUGAAGGAGGAGAAAGACAGCCGGGAUUUAUGGUGUUAGAUGAUGAUGAUGAUGAUCAUUUGAUAGUAGAAGAUAUGAGGAUUGACUGUGACUCUGAUGACUUUAUAUUUGAAGCUCUACGUAUAUGGACCCAAUUGGAAGCAAAAGAUAAGAAGAUUAAGGAGCUUAAUAGCAAGUUGGAAGAAUUAAAUGCUGCCAAUGAAAGAAAUAUGAUUGCAAAUCAAGAAGACUUGGCGUCUAUAACAGCAGAUAAGGAGAAGUUGGCAAAAGCUUUGAAGGAGGCAGAGUUGGCUGAGCAAAUACAAUCCCAAUUCGAUGAGUUUGAUCUCCUUUUUGAUGUGGUUUUAGAUUCCUAGUCAUUGUGUUUUAGGUCUUUUUGUUGUUAGAGUUCAGACUGUUAUUAACUGAUAUUAUGUUUCAAAUUAAUGGUUUAUCAUUGUUAUAUGGUUUAUCUACUGGGAUGUUUCCUUC